CUUCACCUUUUACAUGUUUGAAGGAUCACCCUGGAAAGAGGGGAAAACUCACCUUGUUGCUGAGUGGUACAUCGGCUGCAACAACCAAUUCUCUUGAUCAUAUAUUUUGCUUUUACACACUCAGGCGCUUGUAGUGGUGCAACUGUGGAAGAUGCUUUUAAUGUUGGGAUGUUGGGCAGUCAAGUCAAUGUUACUUGUUACUAUUGUGCAGUCACCAUUGAAGAUGAUGCAGUGAUCUCAGCUUUCAAGUCUAUAGAAGGAGGUCCUUGGUGGAAACCAUUUUGUCAAAAGUCAAAAGAAAAACCUCAAUGAUAGACUUAUUAUGAGAAUUCUGUGAUGGUGACAAUGAGAGACAUAGCGGUGGAGCUUGUAAUAAUAACAGUUUUCACAAUCGUUGGUCUCUUAAGCAGUAGAUAACUCAGUUCACUUGUAGUACUUAGCUUCUCUUGCAACAGUCUCACAGGUCAAAUUCCAUCUUCUGAGAAAUGGGCAGAACUUGAAUCAGUAGAUCUCUCGUCAAACAAGCUUGAUGGUAGGAUUCCUGAGCAGUUGACAAGUCUGGUAUUCGUUUCAGUUUUGAACUUUUCAUACAACGAACUUGUGAUUCACAUUCCUCAAGGGAAGCAACUCCAUACUUUUUCUAAAGAUUGCUACAUUGGAAACUUAGAUUGUGUGGAAUCCCAUUGACAAAGAAAUGCCAAGUCACGAA